CUCUUUACAGCUGAGAUUUGAGGGCUCUGCACAGUUUCAGUUGUUAGCAAUGGAAUUUACAGCUGCAUUUCUUUUAGGUUUUGCUUUGUGCAUUACUAUUGUUAAAGGAGAUGACUACUAUGACUACUAUGACGAGCCAAAGGAGCAUAAAAACUGCAGUUUAACAGAAAUCAUUCGUAAAGGUACAGUGAACUACUCAAAAGGAGGUGCUGUUGGGAGUGAGGUAACUUACCUCUGUAAGGAUGGAUAUAAGCCUUACCCAGUGUCCAAAAAAGUCUGCAGCUCAAAAGGAACAUGGGAACCCAAAACAUCCACACCAAAAUGUGAAGAGGAUAUUGAUUACGGUGAUUACGAGGAGCCCCAGAAGAACUGCUCGGUGGAUGAGACCAUAAAGGGUGGCAGGGUAUCUUACUCCAACGGAGGUCUGGAGGGAAGUGUGCUGACAUAUGACUGUGAGUCUGGACAGUACCCUUAUCCAUUCAGGAGGAGAGUUUGUAACUCCAACGGGGAGUGGUCAGCCUUGGUGCUACCCUCUGGCAAAGGAGUGUCCACUGCCACAUGCAAAAAGAUGCUUUGUCCAGGACAGCUACAGCUGGACUAUGGGGAGUUCCGGCCCAGGAAACAAUGGUUUGGUGUGGGAGAAACCCAGACAUUUUCUUGUAAGGAGGGAUAUGCCCUCCUUGGCUCAGCCCUGAGGAACUGCACUGAAUGGGGCCAUUGGACCGGUACCAUGCCAGUGUGUGAGGACCAAAGUGAUGACUGCAGAAAUCCUGGUGCUCCACCUGGGAGCAUGCGCUCUGGCGAUCGCUUUCGCACUGGAGAUAAGGUGACUUACCGCUGCCAGUCAGACCUGGAUCUUUUGGGGUCUGAGGUAAGAGAGUGUCUACCAGUAAGAGAAUGGAGUGGAACAGAUCCACGCUGCCAGGCUCAGCACACAUUUGAUCUACCAGCAACUGUGGCUCAAGCUUUGAGCAGCUCUCUCUCUGCUGUGAUGGAAGUUUCAUCCCCUGACCACAAAAAGCAAGAUCCAGACUAUGGGAGAACCGUGAACAUUGCAAUAGGGCGUCUCAACAUUUUUAUUCUAAUUGACACUUCAGGAAGCAUUUCAGAAAAAGAAUUUAGCAAGGCAAAGGAGGCCACUGCUAAUCUAAUACGCAAGUUGGACAGUUAUGAAGUGGAAAUUAAGUUUCAUGUAAUUUCCUAUGCCAGUGAGCCUCACGAAAUUGUAACCAUCAUGGACCCCAGGAGUAGCGAUGGGGACUUUGUUGUGGAGAGGCUACUGGAGUUCAGUCACAAACAACAUGGGACAAAAACUGGCACUAAUCUUUAUAAAGCCCUCUACUCCGUGUAUGAAAGACUCGGCUUGGUUAAAGCCCAGAAAGGCAGUCACUUCAACGAGACUCAGAACGUCAUUAUCAUUGAGACUGAUGGUUUCUCCAACAUGGGAGGAAACUCCAAAUAUGUUCUGGACCUGAUCCGGGAUCUCCUGGGCUAUAAAACUGAUCUGCAAGAUAACACAGCAGAGGAACUACUUGAUGUGUAUGUGUUCGGGAUUGGAGAAAACGUAAAGAGGAAAGAACUGAAAAACAUUGCCUCUGUUAAAACCAAAGAGAGACAUCUGUUUGUGCUGAGCCAGUAUUCUGACCUUGGAGAGGUUUUCAACAAAAUGAUUAAUGACACUGCUGUUAUCAAGUGUGGAGUUGCUAAAGAGCUUGUUUAUAAAGAGGGUGAAGAGCAGUCUCAUGAAACUAAUACCAGGCCUUGGCAUGUCACUAUUACUUGGAAAACAAAACCAUGCCAGGGCGCCAUUCUGACCGAGAACUGGGUGAUCACAGCUGCUCACUGUCUGAUUAAACUAAAUAAUCCGGAACCUGUAAACCCAAAGAACGUAGAAAUUAAACAUGGUAAAGGGAAAUCAGUUGCCUCAUUAGUAAUCCUUCACCCAAGGUUCAAUGUUACAGGCCUUAAGGAUAAGAACAUCAGUGAGUUUUAUGACUACGAUGUUGCACUGAUUAAAGUGAGCAGUAAAAUUAAGUUGACUCCUGCAACAAGGCCCAUCUGUUUGCCAUGUACUAAAGCUUCAAAUCGAGCUCUCAAACUGAGUCCUGACUCCACCUGCAGGAGGCAUGAAACUUUCCUAAUCGAUCUGAAGGAGACACAAGCAUACUUCAUCAGACAAGGAAAAUCCCGCAGGCAGACUCACAUCCAGACUGAGGAAAAGAGAAAGAACUGCAUUGAGAAGUACAAACCACCCCUGGAAUCAAACAAGCUGGUGACUCUGACUGACAUCAUUACCAAUAGGUUCUUUUGCUCAGGAGGAUCAGAAACGCACAAGGAUGAUAUAACCUGCAAAGGUGAUUCCGGAGGCGCACUCUUUCUUCGUAAAGGCAUGCGUUAUUUCCAAGUGGGAAUCGUGAGCUGGGGCACUGAGGAAAUUUGUGAUUCCAAAACCAAGUCAAUUCGUGAUUCACCUGAAGAUGCUAGAGACUUCCACAUCAGUUUGUUCUCCAUUAUGCCCUGGCUUAAAGAGCACCUGGACAAGGAACUGGAAUUCCUGCCCAUGUAAAACUGAACUGGUUACAUAAGUUCUACAUGUGUUAAUAUAUAUGAUUAAAACCUGCUCUGGUAUUAAUAUAUUAAAUCAAAGACUGUAUAAGAACUGACUGUUUGUGUCUACACUGUUUAAAUUUGUGUUGAUUUUUAAAGCAUUUUUGAAUAAAAUAUCUAAUAUAU